AUGGCGGCGGCGCUGGAGCGGGCGCUGGGCCCGGCGGCCCCGGGGCGAGGCUCGGAGGCGGCGCUGCCGCCGCUGCCGGUGCUGGUGCUGGGCCCGGCGGGCUCGGGCCGCACCUCGCUGCUGCUGCGGGCGGCGCUGGCGGGCGGCGCGGACGGGCCCCGAGCGCUGUUCCUGGCGCCCAGCGCCGUCCCGCGGCUCCCGGGAGGGCCCGGCGGCCCCGGCACCGACCCGAGAGCGCUGCAGCGCCUGGAGCUGCGCUACCCCCGCACGCGGCUGUCGCUGUGUCGCGAGCUGCUGUCGCUGUCGCUGUCGCCGUCGCCGUCCCCGUCGCUGCUGCUGGUGGACGGGCUGGAGCGCUACCUGGCGCUGUCCCCUGCUGUCCCCUGCCGCCACCCGGGGCUGUCCCCGGCUGUCCCCUCUCGCCUGGCCGCGCUGCUGCUGGAGCUGUCGCGUGUCCCCCGCUGUCCCCAGCGUGUCCCCUCGCAGGUGGUGGCCUCGCUGCGCCUGCCCCCGCCCGCCCCGCACGUCCUGGCGACACUGCUCCGCUUCUUCCCCGCGCGGUGUCACCUCAGCCCGGCCCGCGGGGACAGAGGGGACAGCGGGGACAGCGGGGACAGCCGGCGCGGCCACCGCGGGAGCGUGCGGGUGACGCUGCGCUGUCCCGGGAACGCCCCGCGGAGGUGGCGGCUGCGCCUCGGCCACCCCGGGCACGGCGACAGCGACAGCGACAGCGACAGCGACAGCCCUGGGGACAGCGACGGGGACAGCCCUGGGGACAGCGGCGGCGAGGAGGAGUGGAUGUGACACGGCCAUCUCGGGGUGACACAGACCCCCCCCCACUGGUCACACGGACCUCAUGGGUGACACGGCCACCCCUGGAGGUGACACGGACCCGAUGUCACCUCUCCACUGGUGACAUGGACCCCAGAGGUGACACGGACCCGAUGUCACCUCUCCACUGGUGACAUGGACCCCAUAGGUGACACGGCCACCCCUGGAGGUGACACGGACCCGAUGUCACCUCCCUAGUGGUAAAGACUCAAUGUCACUCCCCUCACUGGUGACACGGCCACCCCCGGGGGUGACACAGACCCCAUGUCACCUCCCUGGUGGUAAAGCCUCAAUGUCACUCCCCACCACUGGUGACAAGGACCCUGUGGGUGACACGGCCACCCCAGGGUGACACAGACCCAAUGUCACCCCCCCACUGGUGACACGGCCAUCCAUGGGGGUGACACGGUCCCGAUGUCACCUCCCUGUCUCUGGUGAUAAGGACCUGACGGGUGGCACGGCCUCGGUGUCCCCUCCCCGUCACUGGUGACACCCUGACGUCCCCUCCCUGUCACUGGUGACACAGUCCUGAUGUCACCUCCCCGUCACUGGUGACAAGGACCUGACGGGUGGCACGGCCUCGGUGUCCCCUCCCCGUCACUGGUGGCACUCUGAUGUCCCCUCUCUGUCACUGGUGACCUGGUCCCGGUGGGUGACAUGGCCUCAAUGUCCCCUCCCUGUCCCCUCCCUGUCCCUGUCCCCUCCCUGUCCCUGUCCCUGUCCCCUCCCUGUCCCCUCCCUGUCCCCAUCCCUGUCCCUGUC